CAGCCCUUGUUAAUGACGUAUCAGUUAUUCUAGCAGAAGCAAUGGAGGAAGAGGCAAAAAAUGAAGAUUGCUCCUGGCUUCCUUUUAUUCUUGAUAUUAUAAAAUGCAUGGAUAAAGACAGUACGGAUGUGAACCAAGAGCUGACCAAGCUAAAGACUAAGAUUCAAGAGACCAGGGAGAAGAUCCUAGCCAUGCCUGAGAUAGAGUCCAGUCCUGGGGAGCAGCAGGAGCAGCUGAAGACCAUGAGAGAGAAGGUGGACACCAAGACACAGCUCCUACAAAAAUACAAGGGCCUCUGUGUGUUUGACUCUCCCAAAUCAUAGAGGAAUGGUGACAACAUUAUGGUGAAUGGAUUAUCAGGGCAUGGAAAGAAAAGACUAAGCAUGGCAUCCAAACUAAUUUAGCUAGGUUUCACUGUUGUUUCACUUCAAGUUAAAUGAUGGUGAAUGCAGCGUUCAGUCUGGUUUAACCAGGCUACAAAAGACUGACCUUGUUAUGCCAAAUGUGUGCGUCAUUCAGUGAAUUCAUAGCCUGGCUGCUUUCAAUUUAGGUACGUACUGACUGUGUAAUAUAGGGCAAUUGUAGAACAUAAUUAUUAUCAAUAAUAGGUGUUAAGUAGUGUAUAUUUAGCAGAUUUUAUGGUUGUAUUGUAGAAAUAAACAGAUUUAAUUGGGAAAA